AACCCGAUUCCCCCGUCUCCGUCUGGCCGCCUCCGCCUCCAUCUUCACUUCUUCAAUCCCCUCCCCGCCUCCAUAAAUCCUUCUACUUCGAGCGAUGCCGCGGAAUCAGACCGCCGGCACGGCCUCCGGUGGAGUGCGGUCGCCGCCGAGUCAAGUCGGGGGUCGGACGCCCUUGUCGGUGGUGCCGCCGCUGAAUCAAGUCGCCAAUUGGACCGCCGGCACGGUCUCCGGUGGACAAGCCCUGCCGAAGCAAGUCAGGAAUCGGACGCCCCCUCCGCCGCCCAAGGGUCAGACGGUCGGCGCGGCCUCCGGUGGAGUGGUGCUGCCCAAGCAAGUUGGGAAUCGGACUCCCGUCUCGCUCCCUCCGUCACCGAACCAAGUCCGAAAUCGGAGGCUCAGUUCCCUCUCCGCUGGAGAGGUGUCGCCGAGGCAAGUUGGGAAUCGGUCGCCCUUGUCGGUCCAGCUGCUGCCGAAGCAACACAAGGAUCAUCAGACGGUCUCCACUCUCUCCCAUGUAGAGGUGCUGCCGAAGCAAGUCGGGAAUCAUAGGCCCUCGUCGGUGCUACCGAAGCAAGUCGGGAAUCAGACACCCUCGUCGGUGCUGCCGCCGCUAAAGCAACACAGGGGUCAGACGGUCGGCGGCACGCUCUCCCAUGGAAAGGUGCUGCCGAAGCAAGUCAGGAAUCAGACACCCUCGUCGGUGCUGCCGCCGCUAAAGCAACACAGGGGUCAGACGGUCGGCGGCACGCUCUCCCAUGGAAAGGUGCUGCCGAAGCAAGUCGGGAAUCAGACACCCUCGUCGGUGCUGCCGCCGCUGAAGCAACGCAGAGAUCAGACGGUCGGCGGCACGCUCUCCCAUGGAAAGGUGCUGCCGAAGCAAGUCGGGAAUCGGACGCCCUCAUCGGUGCUGCAUCACACGAAGCAACACAGGGGUCAGACGAUUGGCGGCAUGGUAUCUGGUGCAAAGGUGCUGCAGAAGCAAGUCGGGAAGCGGACACCCUCGUCAGUGCAGCACAGGGGUCAAACCGUCGGCACGGCUUCCGGUGGAGAGGUGCUGCGGAAGCAAGUCAGGAAUUGGACGGCGGUGCUGCCACCGCUGAAGCAACACAGGGAUCAGACAGUCGGCACGGUCUCUGGUGGAGAAUCCUCACUCCACACCCCACAACAAGGCAGACCAGCCGGUUCCUCAAAAUCUAGUGCAUGUGCCACUCUCCGCGGCAAUACUAGUUUGCAUGCUCGUAAGCCAUCUGCAGCCACCAACAAAACUAUUGAUCAAGCUAAGUCAAAGAAGAACAAGGAACUAGAAGAAGCAGAGGACGAAAUCCGAAGGCUGAACAAAUUGGGCCUGGGAGAUGAUAUCAGCAACGAAGAGUAUCGUGCUUAUCUCAAACAGCUGCCUGACAAGCCUUAUGUCAAUCUUUCCACUAAGCUGGAUGCUGUGCAGCUGAAAGAGCUCAAUGCUCGCCAUGAAAUGUAUCGCAUCAAAUAUUAUCAGCUGUCACAACACGUGCCUGAGGAUAAGCUUUGCUAUGAUAAGCUGCAAGAGGACUACCCCCCUGGCUGUCGUCCUAUGGGGCAGAGAUAUUUUAAGUCCUUUGAGGAAGAUGAUGAAUUAGAUUGGUCUUUCCACCCUGAUUACUGCAAACUUGCUGACCUGGAGGACUACCAACGGCUGGUCCCUCGAAAUUAUGGUGGUUUUGAGUAUGUCAAUUGGGAUGAGUACCACACGGAUUGUCAUAGCUAUGAGAUUGAACAAGAAUAUGUCAAAUUUUGUGAAGAAUUGUCGAAGAAACUUAAGUGGAUUGAAGCUUAUGUGCUAAGUCAGCCUCCAUCUCUUAUGUGGGGAAAGAUUUUGACCAGAGGAACUUACCAAGCAAUCAAGAUCGCUACUGACUUCUCGGAGAUAUAUGGGGGCUUAGCCUUUUCUGGCUUCUACGAGUGGUUAGAUAGCAUGGGUUUUGAUGUAUGUUGCUACAACGAGUUUGAUGGUCUCUAUUAUGAGAUUUGGCAAAGGUACACGAUGGAGAAGAAAUUCAGGGAUGCUUUGUAUGAAGUCUAUGAACUUAACAUGUUCCCGUUACGCCAAGAAAGAAUGAGACGUGCACUGGAGAAUGACACAUUCUGCUCUGACUUGGAAGAGGAGUUUCUUGCUUGCACAGCUUGCCUCAAGGAAUUUGCAGAGGACAAAAGCAAGAUUUCAGAGGAUAAAGCCCGGGAGUUGAUCGCAGAGGCACUUAGAAAGGAGACGCAGAAACCGAAGUUCUAUGAGGAUUAUUGUAGGAAGAAGCUAGAUAUUGCUCAGGCUAUUGGGUUAAUUCCCAGUGUACCGUCUUAACUGUUGAUCUUCCUGAUUCACACCAUUUCAUUUGUCGCUGGCCAAGUUAGACAUGCAGCGUAACCGCCACUAAGUAAUUGGCACGUGCCAUGCGCAUAUGUACUGUACAACUCAAGGAAUGUAAAUUAAGAUGGAAAUUUUUUCAUUCUCCCCUUUUCUUGUUGAUCACUCUUUCUUCAUCUGAUGAUCAUCAACUGUAUCUUGACACUGUUCUUCACAAGCGCUAGAAGAGUGUUCGGCUUCUGUUGGGCACUUACGCGAGCAUGGUGAUGGAAAGCUCCUCCAAGCAAAGGACGUAGACUCUUGAAUCCAACUGCAUUGACAAAUCACAGGACCGUUCAUUA